CGUAUGUAUAAACAUGGCAUCUAACGUGUACAUAAAAUAUAUAAUAUGGCUUCUUGGGUAUGUUUAACGAUUUUACAGAAAAAAGUAACCGUUUCUGUUUGGCUUUGAGAUCGUACGUUGCUGUAGAGUGUGGAGUACCCUUCUUCAACUUCCUCUGCUCCUUGCGUACUUCGUGUCAGUCAGCCGUAAGAUUUUUGCUACAUCGCCCUCGGUAACGCAUUGCACUGCUCCGUGAACAAAACUCUGGAUUGAGAUCAGAAACACAUUGACAUUUGACUGCGCUUGACUACUGAAUGGAAUGGGACCUUCUCCCCGCUCUGUAUCACGAGUAAUAUUGUAAACUUGCAAGCAUGAUCGGCAUCAUCAUCAUCUCCAUGAUGGUCCUCCUGGGCCUGGCCGGCUUCAAGUACUGGCGCUUCCGGCGCCGACAGGCCAAGACCGGUCACUACACCAACCUGGACAAGGAGGCGCCCAUAAGCCCCGCCCAGGUCCCGGCCGGCUCCUACCAGAACGCCCCCGUCUCCGCCCACCAGGCCGUGCCCCCCGACGUCCCCGCGGAGGUCAUGAUCGAUCUGGAGAAGGCGCUGCGCAGUACGCCCGGCGAGAAGAGCAAGCUGUUCGGCACCGGCAAGGGCAACUAUCAAGCGGCCGCCGGGGAGACGGCGGCCGCGCCCAGUCCCACCAUGCGCACCACCGCCGACCUGGUCAUGGCCUAUGUCCGCUCCUUCACUGACUGAUGCACUUGUUGCUCCACCGGACUGCGCUCAUUGCAAUUAUUAAAGAUUUUACAAAUAAAAAAAUUUAAUUUUAUACGCAAUUUAUAUUGUCUUAUAGGCAGUCGCUGCUUGGAUCGACUUUUGGCUUGACUAUUAAUUUUUGCGUUUUUAGAAAAGUAGUUAGAUAUUGUUUGAUUUUACCUUUUGGCAUAUUCUGAAAUAUGUGUUCUGGCAUAUUUUUAUUAUCCCGGCUUCGCACAAAUAAAAUGCGAUUUAUUUUCUUUGAA